GACUUGUUCUUCUUCCUAACACAACCGUACCUUUCUUAUAUUUUCUUUUAACCAAGAAAGAUCCAAACUAAAAGGAAAUAUUAAUCACACGUUGCAUGUUACUUUGGUUAUCUAUAAUGAUUCUUUGCAUUUAAGCUUAAUUCAUCCGUUACAAAAGUAUACUGAAUCUGUUAUGAAUAACUUGUAAGAAGGUCAACUCACAUUGAAUUUAACCAGGUUGUUUUGCUUUAUUCAACCUUUGAUCGGUGAGGGUAAUUUUAACAAUCGUCGUUAGAGUACUACGUGGAUGUCACGUACUGCAAACUCACAGGCAAAUGAUGUUAACAUUCUCUCGUCAUUUAUCUCGACAACGUUUUUGUUUUUGCUGGUUCGUCGUUACAACCAAACCUUCCUCAAGACUUUUGUACAAACAGCAAUUUUUUAAACUCCGAAUAUAUCCUUACUAGAGUUUGACGUAAACUAAUUUAUUUUAAGCGAAAAUAUAAAAGUUUUUUUUAACGAACUUAAAAAUAGUUAAAAGCAGCUAUUUCUGGUGAGCAGAAAAUUUUAUAAUGACAAAUUUUGAAAAGAAAGUUAGACCGGAAUAUUCAAGAAAAAUAUUAGCAGAAACGGGCAAGGCUCGCAAUGUUACAUUGUCGCUUCUUCAACUUCAUGCAUAAGCUUUAAUUAGAUUUAUUUUCUUACACUUUCCGUUUUUCCAGAUCGAAAUUUAAUUAAGUUUUGUUAAACAGUAAAAUUUAAUUUAGUUGUUUUUAGUUUUUAUUUAUAAUAUUCUUACAAAUACAUUAAUCUUAUUGGUGGAGAGGAAUGCUUGUAGAUUCCACCUUUUGUUCUCCUUCUACUUCUUGAACUCUGUAUUCGCUAUUGAAGAUGGAGAGCUACAAGUGCAAGUUUUGCUUUAAGAGCUUCGUCAACGAAAGAGCUUUAGGUGGUCACAUGCUAAGUCUUCACAACUUUUGCAUUGAGGAAGAGGCAAGGCCGAGUCAACUCAGUGAUGAUUCUGAGUCCGAUGUUUCUUCUUCUUCUUCUUCCUCUCACGAAGUAGAGAGAAAGAGAAAUGGGUUGAGAGAGGAGAAGCAUCCAACCAUGGAUGACGACCAGAGGAAUGUUACUAACCUGACACGGAAACGAUCCAAGCGAACUCGGAAGCUAGACUCGUUCGCUUCAAAGAAGAUGAAAACGAGUCAACUCGGUUACAAGACCGAGCCCGAGCCUCGUCACAGCUCAGCUUCUGAUACAACGACGGAGGAAGAUCUCGCCUUUUGUCUCAUGAUGCUCUCAAGAGACAAAUGGAAGAAGAAGAAGAAGAACAACAAAACUAGUAGUAGUACUAAAGAAGUAGCGGAAGAGAUCGACAACAACUCGAGCAAGAUGAAUCGAGCAACGACGACGAAAGGGAGAUUCACGUGCGAGACAUGUGGGAAAGUGUUUAAAUCUUAUCAAGCAUUAGGUGGGCAUAGAGCAAGCCACAAGAAGAACAGAGUUUCAAACAAAAUAGAGUACGAUAGUGUAGUUGUUGUUGAAGAGAAGAGGAUCCAUGAAUGUCCGAUUUGUUUAAGAGUUUUCGCGUCAGGACAAGCACUUGGUGGUCAUAAGAGAUCACACGGACUAGGGAACUUGUCUGUAAAUCAUCAUCAAGUACGUCGAACAGAGUCAGUGAAACAGAGGAUGCUAGAUCUUAAUUUUCCUGCACCAACCGAGGAAGAUAAAAGGUAGCAGACUUUGCGUGAUUCGGGUCGUCCAAAUUUUCAUAAAGUUUGAAUCUUUAAAAAAAAAAUUUUAAAAACUAUUAUUAUUAUUGUUAUAUAAAAAUGUUUGUUUUAAGUUAACUGCAAGGGAGGCUAGUUUCACAUGUUCUAACGCCGGUUCUUGUUUCGUAUUGGCCUCACGUCUUGUUCGCCUGACCAUAUCAAUCGAAGAACAUUCAAAUUAGUAGUUUACUUUAUAGACUUUUUAUGUACAUGUAUGUUGAAUUAUAUAACUUCUUGCUUCUACUCAGUUAAUGAAAGCUACUACUUCUAAUUGUGCCCACUUGACUUAUACCGUUUAGCUUUGAAUUAGAGUUAGCCAAGGCUCUUGAAAAGUUUUAGUACAUUUUAUAAUUAUUUAGUUCAAAGUGGUAUAAAAGACUUGGUUGCAUGGGUAGAGUUGCGUUUGGUCUACCACAAAUGUAGAA